CGCCUCGGGGCCCCGCAGCCCCCGCCGCCGGUGAUGGCCAAGGAUGUCCUCGGAGGGGGAAGCCGAGGCGGCCGCUGGGAGCGGGCCGGGCAGCACCCCCGUGCCGGCCGCCGCCGUGCGGGAGGAGGACUUUCUUUAUUUCUGCUAGAAGAACUCAAACUAUCCUGCAAGAGCUACUGCUGAAUUUGACAUUUUAGAGGACUGGAGGCUCCUUCUGUCUUGCCCUCUGCUUUCGUCAUCUUCAGAUGGUGGCUUGAAUUCACAAGGAUAAGUGGUGUGAAAUAAGAGGCUGUCUUUGUAUGGUAUUUCAGGGGCAUCCUAGCACCAAAAAUCCAGCAACGCCCUGUGAAGCAGUCCCUGAGUGCCUGCAUGUGCCGAGAGUCCCACUGGAAAUGCCUCCUACUUUCCAUCCUCAUGUAUGGCUGCCUGGGUGCAGUGGCCUGGUGUCAGCUGGCUCGGGUCACCAAGCUCAGCUUUGAUAGUUCCUUCAAGGGCAAGUCCAUGAUCUACCAUGACAGCCCAUGCUCAGAUGGCUAUGUCUAUAUCCCUCUCGCCUUCCUCUCCAUGCUGUACGUGGUGUACCUGGUGGAGUGCUGGCACUGCCAUGUCAAGAGAGAGCUGCAGUACAAGGCAGAUGUGGACAGUGUCUAUGAAUGCAUCAACCGCAUGCAACAAGCCACUCCGUGCAUCUGGUGGAAGGCCAUUAGCUACCACUUUGUGCGGCGAACCCGGCAGGUGACGCGGUACCGCAACGGCGAUGCCUACACCACUACACAAGUCUACCAUGAGAGGGUCAACACCCAUGUGGCUGAAGCUGAGUUUGACUACUCUCACUGUGGAUACAAGGACAUCUCCAAGGAGCUCUUGGGCCUGGAGAGCUACACAGCCACCAAGCUGAGGUUCACCAAGUGCUUCAGCUUUGCCAAUAUAGAGUCUGAGAACUCUUACCUGACUCAGAGAGCUCACUUCUUCACGGAGAUCGAGGGGCUGGAUGACUACAUGGAGGUGAGGGAAGGCAUGCAGCUAAAAAAUGUGGACUUUAAAGAGCUUAUGAUGGCUUAUGGGGACCCAGAUCACCUCCCAUGGUAUGUAUCCCACUAUGCUUUCUGGGUGGCAGCUAUCCUAAUGAUCUCGUGGCCACUCAGGGUCCUCAUAGAGUAUCGAACUGCUUACGUUCACUACCAUGUGGAGAAGCUACUAGGUCUGGAGUACACAGCACCCACUGCAGUGGAGGAGCCCUUGUACCGGUAUCGCAUGCCACGAGACGCCACGCAGGACAGCACUGAGCUGGAGUGGCACAUCUGCACCAAUCGGCAGCUGAUCCCCAGCUACUCAGAGGCCAUGCUCAUGGACCUGGCCAGCUCCCCAGCCUACAACAGCUACACAGUGUGUCGUUAUGGUGAAACAGCCCAUGGCUGUGAACGCUGCAACCGUGCCUCCAGCACCUCCUCUAUCUUUUCACGCCAUGCUUUCCACAGCUGCAGCGGCAACUCCCGCAUCUCCCUCAACACCAGCCGCUUCUCCCUCUGCCGUGUCCAUGGCUCACACAGGACAGGCCUCUGGAGGAGCCACAGCAGCAGCAUCGCAGAACGGGGCUGCCAGGACGAGCAGUGCUGCUCCUACUCCAGUCAGCUGGCUGUCAAUGAAAACCCCCCAACCUACCAUGAUGCUCGCUUCUUCCCUGUCCUGAUUGUGCACAGGCCAGAGGGGCACAAUGGGCGGCAUUUCUAUGUCAGGCGCUCCUCCUGCCUAGAAACCUCUCUGUGACAAGUCUCCGUGGUUUCUCCAUAUCUGUGCCCCAGGACAGGGCUUGCAGAGGUGCUGUUGGCAGGGAUCCUGCAAGCAUCCAUCUCCACAGGAGGUGAGCCGGACGAGCUUCAGCUCUUUACCCUGCCAUUGCAAGAGGUUGCAGUCACUCUGAUCAAUGGAUAACCUCAUUUCCAAAAGCUUCACCUCCUCAUUCAGUUGAUCUCCCUAGUCAUUUGUUCCCCUCUUCCUUUUGCUCUUUCAUUCCCACCCUUUCUCUGCUCCUCAGUUCCCUGCCUCUCCUCCCAUCCCAUCCCAUCCUCAGCCUUUAUAUUACAUUUGACCUCAGUUGCUGCUGGAGGAUUUGUAAACCCUGUGCUUUGCAGUGUAUUUGCCCUCUUGGAUGCCCUGCAAGGUAAGAAACUCAGAUAAAGCGAGGCAAAAGGCAUGCUGCCAGACAGAGUGAAGUCAGAAGGAGAACUCAGAUCUGCAGGGGCUGAGUCACCUCCUGCAAACCACCAAAAAAGGUGCUUUUAAAAUUUAUUUUAUUUUCACCAGUCUUUUUUCCUGUUCCGUCAUUUCUUCUCUCCUUUCUUGACGUUCUCCUCCUCCCACUUUACCCUUCUUUUUUUUUUUUUUUUUUUUUUUUUUUCAGUUUUCUCACUUCUGCUUUUGUAUUUUUCAGGGAGGGUUGCCAGUGAGGAUGUCUUUCAGAGUGUAAUUGCCUUCCACUGGGCAAAAAUAAAGUAUUCACAGCACAAAUGUCACCGACUGCUUAUACAACCACAGGCUAUGCCCCUAAGGAAUGCUGAGGCCUUUUUUUCCAGAGCAGUGACAUGAACCAAUAAAGCAAAAAGCCCUUUGCUCACCUUGCCCUGCCUGGUCUGCAGCAGAGAUGCUGCUGCAUUUCCAGUUGUAGUUAAACUUGUCCAGCUCCACACCUGUUAGCAAUUGUCCAGAGCCAUAAGGUAGAUCAGUGCCCUGUUAGUCCCACUAUUUUUAGAGCUACGGGUUUGGUUUGUGGUUGUCUCGUUCCUACCGCUUACUCAGAGCAGCACAGGCUGUACAAGGGGAGAGGUGCUGGAAAGGGAAGGGUAAAUAUGGUAUUAACCCUCCCACUGGUAGUCUGGAGUUGUUAGGAAGCUCUUCCGCCCACAGUGUCUAUCAGAGCAGUUACAGGACUGCUCUACAUUACCCUUGGCUUUCCAUAUGCCCUGGGGAGGAGUUUUGGCUCAUAGCCCACUCUUGUCUUCCCACCUUCCCAGGUGGGAUGUGGUGCCACCCCAGCCCCAGGCAGGGAGCACAGCUAGGCGCCAGCCCCACUGGCUGCUCCUGCUGGUGCUCCAGGGUCUUCCCACAAUGCAUUCCCUGGAGCAGGUGUAGCACCUUCCAGAAACCAUCGAUUAGUCUCAGCAAUGCCAAACCCAGAAGGUGCCCCACCGCAGCAGAGUGGGCCACUGCCCUCUGGUCUGUGGGCUGCCCUCCUGGCCUGGCCAGAGAUGCCCCCCCAGAGGCAGGGACUGACCCUACAAGCUUAUGGUCACACUGGGGACCCUCCAGGGACCUCACACCUGCCAAACCUCCAUCCCACAAGCCAUGGUAAUACACUGAGCAAGCUCUGUACCAUUUUGUUGUGUGGAUAGCAGAGAUUAUUACCCACAGUGACUCACAGGAGAAUGCAAUAGGCUCGCAAUAAAAGUCACUUUUGAAAACAAAGUGUUGUCACUCCCUAUGGCAAGUAGGGAACAAACUGAGCCCCCACAGGGGCUGGCAGCAAAUGCUUCCUCCCAAGUUCAUUCUGUGUGUAUCUACAUGUAAUAUGAGAUUUGUAAAGUCAUAUUAGUAUGUGUAGAUUAUAUAUAACUCUGUAUACUUACAUGGAGAUUUCUUAUGGCAUUGACUGUUGCACCAUGUUGAAUACAUUUCAUUUUGGUUUGA